UUCUCUCUUAACAUGAUCUGGAAUGCUCAAAUACCCUUCUCCAAUGGCUUCCCCUCUAACCCUCAGAUGCUGGUGCUUCCUCUUAGCUCUGCUCUGGUUGUCUACUAAAUGUUGCAAGUCAGAGCAGAAUGCAGUGGACAUUGUCGCGAAAGCAUUAAUAUGCUUCAACAAUCAGUAUGUCUACAGCAGCUGCCAUGAAUCCUAUAGACUAAGUGCGGAGGGAACCAUCCAUGUCCCCCCACAGGCAACCGAGGAGUACUGCAAUGGUCCAUGUCUGGUUGAGACGAAGCUGGUGCUCCAAUGCGUGGAUAACAUACUGUACAACUUCCAAUUUUACAAUGGUGCAACAGUUCAAGAUGUGAAGUACGCUCUCAACACUGGAUGUGGUCAUACCAGCAAGAGAGGGGACUUCAAUGUUUUGGAACGCUCGGAAGGUGAUGAAGGUGAACAUGGUUACCAUGGCCAUGGGAACAAGCUGGGCAUUUCUGUGUACUUGAUGUUGCUCUUAGGUUGUGUUCUGCUUCUUUGAGGCUUGGGAUGCUAUCAUUCUGCUGAAGUUAGAAGACUAGUCUUGUAUGUAAUAUGGGUAUUUUUGUGAACUUAUUCGAGUAUUCAGUUCUCUUUAUUCAAGUCUCUUACAUUCAAUUAGUGCCCCAGAAUUAAGAGUUAAAUGGGGAAAGCUAAUUGAUAUACGUAAAACCCCUCUUGCAAAUCA